CGUGGGAACCAUGAAACCGCUUCCAGCUGCAUCGUUGGUCCUUCUCUCGGUGAUUAAUUACGGCUCCUCUCAGAACACGACGAACCCGGUUCCGCACCAAGGCUGCGGAUUAAAACUCCUGGCUCACUACGUGAACCUGUGCAGCCUGGAUGUUAUCUGGGGGAUCGUUGUGGAGGCAGUGGCCGGAGCUGGCGUACUGACUGCAUUCUUACUGAUGCUCAUUCUGUUGGUGAAGCUGCCAUUUAUUAAAGAUAAAGAAAAGAGGAGUCCCCUGGGAAUCCAGUUCCUGUUCUUGUUUGGCACCCUCGGCCUGUUUGGACUAUCGUUUGCAUUUAUUAUCCCCGAGGAUGAGAGAACGUGCCCGACCCGGAGGUUUUUAUGGGGAGUUUUAUUUGCCCUGUGCUUUUCCUGUUUGUUGGCUCAGGCUUGGAGACUGCGCCAGUUGGGUUCCCAUGGCAAAGGGCCAUCAGGCUGGUUGCUGACUGGCAUUGCAGUCUGCCUGAUGCUGGUGCAGGUGAUCAUUGCAGUGGAGUGGUUAAUUCUGACUAUAGUCCGAAACCAUCAGUCUGCUUGUCAAUAUGAGCAGAUGGACUUUGUCAUGGCAUCGAUUUACGUAAUGUUCCUGAUGGCUGUUACUCUGUUGCUCUCCACCUUGAGCUUGUGUGGAAAGCACAACAAGUGGAAGAAGAACGGAGCCUGUGUGCUUGUGACCAUGUGCUUGUCCAUCCUGAUCUGGGUGGCAUGGAUUGUCAUGUAUCUGUAUGGCAACAGGGAACUGAAGAAGCAGCCCCUUUGGGAUGACCCAUCCCUCUCCAUCGCGCUGGUUUCUAACGGCUGGGUGUUCCUACUGUUUCACGCUAUCCCCGAGCUCCAUUGCACCAUCGUCCCAAACAAACAAACCCCUCCUGAUUACUUCGAUGCCGUUCAGCCAAGAAUUCGGGAGACGAACUUUGAAGAAGAAUUACAACUUCCGCGCAGUUACAUGGAAAAUAAGGCUUUCUCUUUGGAUGAAUCUGGGGCAGCUUUUAAAUCAGGAUUUCGCAAUGGCAGUCUGGGUCAUAGACCAAAUAUUCAACUUCGCAGUAAUGUCUACCAACCCACUGAAAUGGCAGUUGUUCUUAAUGGUGGAAAU